UGCUACAAAUUUAUAUUUGAAUUUAUGCAACAGCACCGAGUGUACUGUAAUGCGCGCGUUAACAGCACAGCGUUGCCCAACAGCGGCAACUGUCAAAAAGAUAACCCUACUUUUUUGACACGAGGUGCUGUGCGUGUCUUUUCCUUUCUUUCUCGCUUUUUACUCGAACAUGGGUAUUAGCCGCGAUAGUGCACACAAACGCCGGGCCACCGGAGGCAAGCGCAAGUCGCUCCGCAAGAAGCGCAAGUUCGAGUUGGGACGCCCCGCCGCCAACACCAAGCUUGGCUCCGGUCGCGUGCACAAGGUGCGCACUCGUGGUGGAAACACCAAGCUCCGUGCUCUCCGCCUGGAAACCGGAAACUUCGCCUGGGCCUCCGAGGGAGUGGCGCGCAAGACCCGUAUCGCCGAUGUGGUGUACAACGCCUCCAACAACGAGCUGGUGCGCACCAAGACCCUGGUGAAGAACAGCAUCGUGGUCAUCGAUGCCACGCCCUUCCGCCAGUGGUACGAGGCGCACUACGUGCUGCCCCUGGGACGCAAGCGUAACCCCAAGCACGCCCAGAAGGAGGACGAGAACGACGUGCUGACUAAGAAGCGCAGCGAAAAGGUCAUGAAGAAGUACCUGGAGCGCCAGAAGUACGGCAAGGUCGAGCAGGCCCUCGAGGAUCAGUUCACCUCCGGCCGCAUCUUGGCUUGCAUUUCUUCCCGCCCCGGACAAUGCGGUCGCUCCGACGGCUACAUUUUGGAAGGCAAGGAGUUGGAAUUCUACCUUAAGAAGAUCAAGUCUAAGAAAUAAAGGCACUAGAUAAGCUUGCAAGACAUGAUUUGCAAAGAAAAACGGAAUAAAACAACUUGUUUUUUAUAGGAAGUGCA